CUGUAGGCCAGCCCCUGCAGCUCCUUUCCCCCUAAGCCCUACCCCAAGUUUCCAUCUGAGACAAGUAGGGAUGAAGGCUCUUCAGGCCCAUGUAGGACUGUUUGCCUGUGGAGAUACACGCCUUGGCCACACCUUCUGCGGGACCUACCUUUGGGAGAGACUUGCUGGCCUAGCUUUAGAUGCUGUGUUGUUUUCUGCCUGGAACUGCGAGAGUCUAAGGGUGGUCAGGUGGGAUCCAGAUAGCUACAGGCACUCCCAUCCCCAAGCCCCCAGCCAAUCUCUCCGAGGACCGUCUGAGAUCUCACAGCAGUGACAGGCUACCUGCCUUACCGCGAUGAUGAGAACUACGGUUCCUGCAUAGCAGCCAGCCCUAUUGUCUACCAACACCCUGAAGCUGCAGUCUCAGCUGGACACCUAAACGCCCAGCCUGCCUGGUCUGUGCUGCUGCGUUUGUGUCCUGUCAGUCUAGACAGAGGCCGCGCCUUUGCUGUACCAAAGACAGCCUUUGAAGACUUCCUUCCUCCCUCAGCCAGUGAACUAGGACCUGCUGACCAACGUGACUCGGGAUAAGCAAUGCUGUGGAAGCCUUCACAAGUGUCGUCCCAGCACCAUCCACAGUGCCCUGGCUGGUGGUUAAUGUCUCAGGCACCCAUUCUUAGCUUCCUUACUUCCUAAACCUGGUCAAGCCAGAUUGAUAGUGGCUUCUUGGGAACAGGGACUUAGUCUCAUGUUGGACCUGGAUCGCAGGCUCCACGUUCUGUACUCAGGGACAGAUGGGCAUGAUGAGUGUACCCUGGGGCUGUCUAAAGGCAUCGAGUACCUGCCUGGAGCCAGGACAGCAUGAGAUCUCUUACCUGAGUGUGCACUGGAAGGGCUGAGUGCAGUGUCCUUUUGGGAAUCCAUGCAAGCAACAGGGACUGCCAAAAAAUCCUCUCCCCUCCUUUCCUUAGGAAAGGGGUCUAGCCUGCUCUCGCAUCUCAACUUCUAUAUUCUGGGGUAGCUGGGGCAAGGAGGCCCACCAUGGCCGUAAGCCCCAGACUUCAGUAGGUACUUGGCCAUUCUUAGUGUUUGGAAGGUCGGGCAGAUGCUAUGUGUCCUGCUGGGUGGGAGAUGUGCUGGGAUGGUCUGGUUCUAUGAUGUUGACUUCUGGGGCACAGAUGAACUUCUCAUGGCUACUCCUGUCUACAGACUGCGCCUGGGCAUUGGGAAGACUCAGGGACUGAGCAGAACAAAGGCAGAAUGCCAAGAUAUAUGCAUGAAGUAGGCAUGCACACAUGCACACAUGCACACAUACACACGGAGGAAGCAGGUUCGGGGCUCCCACCUGCUUUGGACAUUCCAGGGAACCACUGGUUGGGAUGAAAUGAGGAAUGAGGCAGGCUUAGCAAAUAUCCGCCAUGCUUUCCUUGGCAGUUUCAAACAGAUUGCAGAUCUCCAUUUGAGAAAAUAACAAGGUCAUUGGAGGUGGGAGAUGUCUCCUGUGAUGAAGAGAGGUGGAUCUGAAGGCAGAUGCUGAGACUGCUGAUCAAGUCAAAUCUUGCCUGAGGCUUGCCAGAUGUUUUCUUCUGGCUCCCAGAGCCAGCCAAGCCUUCUGUCAGACUUUCAAGAAGCCCCACCCACUGGGCCCAUUCAAGGCAGGGCUGAAAAUGUGUCACACCUUUCCCUGGGAGCCCAGCCCCAUUGCCAGGAAAGACCUCCAGCAGCUCCGGGAGUCAACACACCAGUGGAGGCCCUACCGUUGCCUGCAGCCAUGUUGGCCCUCAGUCUGAUCGUGCUGGGACUGCUCACCGAAGUGACACCUGCCAGCUGUCAACAAGGUCUCGGGAACCUUCAGCCCUGGAUGCAAGGCCUCAUUGCUGUCGCUGUGUUCUUGGUCCUUGUUGCAAUCGUCUUCGCUGUCAACCACUUCUGGUGCCAGGAAGAGCCGGAGCCUGGGAGCACGGUGAUGGUCAUUGGAAACAAGGCAGAUGGAGUCCUGGUGGGAAUGGACGGCCGAUACUCCUCAAUGGCAUCUGGUUUUAGGUCCAGCGAGCACAAGAAUGCCUUCGAGAAUGUUCUGGAGGAAGAGGGCAGGGUCCGCAGCACAGCCAUGUGACAAGCUCCUCUAUGGCCCUAGUCCCUAGGCUACAGGGAAUAUAGAGUUGAUGCCCACCAUCUCACCAGCCACUGCUCUACAGGAAUCUAUUGAAACAAGCUAGCCCUCUCACCUCUUGAAUCACAGCCAUCUCAGGCUAGGACUCAGACCAAGCUGUGCACAGCACGUCUGACCCUGGGUUUCCUGGGGUCUUCUACCCAGUUCUGAGGAGCCUUGUAAAGAGAUGACUGGUUCAGCUUCUCCCCUCCCCGACCCUCCUGCAACUAUAGAAGUGGCUCUUAUUUCUGUGAAAUAAAGACUUUUUAUAUUUC